CCAAAUACGACAUCGCUUUGUCAUCCUAUAAAAAUAAUAUUUCAAUCUCGGGCUUUACCCGCCGGCGAAUCAAUUUGCUCAGAACUCCAGAAGAGAGAGAGAGAGAUGGAAGAGGGAGCAAUUCUGAAACUUUACGAGCUCCAAUACUCAGAUCUCAUGCUGUUAUCUUCAGAAGAAGUUCCAUCAUCAUCAUCAUCAUCAUCAUCAUCGGAAGAGAUCGAACGGCUAGAAUCGAUCACCAGGAGCGUAAUGGAAAACCUAGGACCGAGAGGACCAGGUCUGCUAGCAAUCACUGGGGUUCCCGAUGCUUCCGAACGCCGUCGAACACUCCUUUCGCUUGCCCGAAAGCUCGCGCUUGUUGACACCGACGACCGCAAACGCAUUCUCAAGGAGCACAGCUUGGGCAGUGAUGUUUCAUUGAAAAAUCUUGAUAGAAGUGUCUCAUCUUUCGCGAUGCAAUUAAAAUAUGUGCAAGGGGUCGAGAGUUUCAAUGGCAAGCCAAGUCAUGAAGGAGAUGACAGUCAUGACAAAGAACGAGAUUAUCCUGAUGUUGAGAGAUUAAGAGGAUUUCAGGAUAGUGAAUUUAAAAAUUUUGGAAACAGUUUUAAGGAGCUAGGAUAUUGCAUGAUGGAGCUGGGGCUUCGCCUUGCUCGAGUUUGUGAUAAGGCCUUAGGUGGCCAGGAACUAGAACAGAGCUUACUGGAAUCAUUAAUGGCAAAAGGGCGUCUCAUACACUAUCAUUCAACUCUGGAUAAUCUUAUUCUAAAAGAGGCUGCAAAAAGAAAAGGAUCCACCAAAGGACGUGGUAGCAGUAAAUUUCAACUUCAUGGCUCAAGGGACAUGGAGGAGUCAAUUGGGAAUGAGCAAGCACAUAGAAGAGGAAAUGAAGCUAGAUCAUGUGGAAAUAAUUCCAAUCUGUGGCAGCAGUGGCAUUACGACUAUGGUAUCUUCACUGUUCUGACAGCUCCGAUGUUUAUAUUACCAUGCCAUCCAUUAGUGACAAAACCAAAUGGAUGUGUUUGCGUAUCACGUGAGCAGGAAUGUCCUUCCCCUAGUAGUCACACAUAUUUGCAAAUAUUUGAUCCCAAUAAGAAUACUGUAUGUAUGGUGAAGGCAUCUCCGGAAAGUUUUAUUGUUCAGGUGGGGGAGUCGGCUGAUAUCUUAUCAAAAGGGAAGCUGCGGGCAACCCUUCAUUCUGUCCGCAGACCAGAAGACCUGAAAGAAUUGAGCAGAGAAACUUUUGUUGUCUUCUUGCAACCAGCAUGGAGCAAAACUCUCUCUCUCACAGAAUACCCUAUCGAACACAACACCUCGUAUGAUCGCUGUUCUGACUUAUAUACCAAGGAAACUUGCAGUUCUGAACAUACACCACAUAAACUAACUCAAGAACUUCACAAAAUAGUUCCACCACUUUUAUCACGGUUGAAGAAUGGGAUGACAUUUGCAGAAUUUUCACAAGAAACCACCAAGCAAUAUUAUGGUGGCAGUGGUUUACAGUCAAAGAGAUGAAGAUCCCCUUGGCUUUUCAUACUGUAGAAUGAAAUGAUUGAAACUAAUCUCUGAUCAGAAUCCUUUCACAUCGAUUCAAUACCCGCAGUAGUGAAUGCCGUGCCUGUACGUGGUUGGACCAUGCUCAUCUCCCUGCAGACACUUUCAGCCGUUACAUGUUAAUGAACUAAUUCCAG